AUGACAAUGAAAAAACAGGAAAAUGAAGGAAAAAGUUUUUCUUUCUCUUCUUCCAUCAUGAAGAUAUCUACCUGUCUCAACCAAAUGGCUCUUCAUAAAAUGUCCGCACCUCAUCACAUUCUUAAUGAAGAGUCAGGGCUUUUAAAAACGAAUUAUAAGCUUUUGAAAUACAAAAAGAUUGCAAAAAAAGAUAGCAAAAAGAAUAAGGAGAUUCAUAUAUAG